ACGGUGCCAUGCGCGUUCCCGUCCUCCGCUGCGCACAGACAGCCGGUGCGGAGAGACAGAGAGAGGGAGGAGAGGGUUGCUAUCACUAGUGACAGAAAACGGCAGCGAGCACAUACAGUCUGGAGAGCAGCUGAUGCGACAAGAUGCUGAGCGUCGCCUUGCUGUGUGUGUGCGCCGUCGCCCUCGGACACGUCUCCGCUCGGUCCGACAGCGGCAAUUUUUUGGAUGAUAAGUGGCUGACCGGGAGAUGGGAUAAAUUCAGAGAUGAGGUUGAGGAGCCGGGAACAUGGACUCCAUCCAAGCCCUUCGAUCAAGGCCUUGAUCCAGCCAAAGACCCCUGUUUGAAGAUCAAAUGCAGUCGCCACAAGGUUUGCGUGGCUGAGGAUUACAAGACAGCCACUUGUGUCAGCCAGAGGAGAGUUAGUUUUAAAGAUGCCAAUUUGUACCAGAGCCCAGGGUCAAAGUGCAAACCUUGCCCUGUGGUUCACCCUUCGCCUGUUUGUGGAACCGACGGCCACACCUACUCCACCAAGUGUAAGUUGGACUACCAGGCUUGCAUCACAGGAAAGAAGAUUACUGUGAAGUGUCCUGGAAUGUGUCCUUGUCCCUCUCAGCCUGAAGCGAGCUCUGCAGAGAAAAAAGUGUGCAGUGAGGCGGAUCUAAAGGAGGUGGUGAGUCGUCUGAGAGACUGGUUCAAAGUGCUGCAUGAGAAUGGCAACCACAAGAGAGUCAAGAUCCAAAAGCCAGAGAAGAACAAGUUUGAAGUCGGGGCGUCACCUGUUUGUAAGGACCCUCUGGGCUGGAUGUUCUCUCGGCUCGACACAAACUUUGACCUACAGUUGGACCAGUCAGAGAUCAAGAGCCUCUACCUGGACAGGAACGAGCCGUGCACUGAUGCUUUCUUCAGAUCCUGCGAUACGCAUCCUGACAAAGUUAUAACCAGCUCCGAGUGGUGCACAGGCUUCCAGAGGUACACAGAUUCCCCCUGUAAAGCAGAACUGUCCAGCAUCAACAAAAAGCAAGCAGGGAAGAAGUUACUCGGUCAGUAUCUGCCGUCCUGUGAUGAGGACGGUUACUACAGGUCCCACCAGUGUCACAGCAGCAGUGGACAGUGCUGGUGCGUGGAUCGCUAUGGCAACGAGGUGGCCGGAUCACGCACCCACGGUCCUGCAGACUGCGGUGUGAUUUUGGAGUCUUCCGGAGACCUCGGCAGCGGAGACUCGCUGUUCAGUGACGACGACGAGGAUUCGUUUGUCCUCAACGACCAGGCAGGUAUGGACGACGAGGAUGACGAAGACGAGGAUUACGAGGACGACAACGAUGAAUAUCUGUCGUAAUUUCCUAAAAAGAAAAAAAACAAACAAACAAAUAACAACAAAAAAAGAAAUAAGAGAAAACUGUUUGUUUGGUCAAUCUGCACGUUUCUAGGUGACUCCCCAGGCAGAUACUUAACUGUACUAACAACCUAUGGACUACUCUCUGUGUAUUGUUUGUUCAUAAGUAAAAAAAAAGAAAAAACUAAAAAAGAAAAGAAAAAAAAUCAAUAUUCCUGGAAAACGUUUUAUGAUUUCUCUUUCUGUUGAAGUAUAAAAUAUGAGUGGUUAAUGGCACUUGUUCACUUGGGUGUCAGCCAACCAGAGAAUAUGACAAAGGACUAAUUGACAACCAGUCCAUCGCUUUGGAUUUGGUCACGUGUUCAAAGACCUUUCCCUUCAUUGGACAGUCCCUGUCCUCCAGUGUGUCCUGUCCUUGUGCAACACUCUGAUGCCUGAGUGUGUUGAUGCCUACGGCGCAAUGUUAAAGAGAUUUCUCCUCUUCUUCAUUCCUCCAUCUCCCUCCUCCCUCGUCACCCCUUUAAUCCUUAUCAAAUGUUCCUGUGUAUAGGUGGGAUGUUGAUGAUGUAGAUAAGAGAAUAUUGCACUCUUUAGGUUUCUUUUGAUCUUGAUUUGUAACUGUGACUGUAACUGUGUGGAAAAACAAGAUAAGAGGUAGACAUGCUUCAUUAGGAGAAUUAAGGCAAAAAAAAAAGAAGAAAAAAACACAAAAAAAAUUACAAUAUGAGUUGGAUAACAAUCAGAACCGACAUGCUAGCUGUUUUCACUGAGACACAAAUCAAGUCAAAUCAUCUCAAAGGCACAGCAACAAGGAAGGACAGAUUACUGUUUGGCCGGUGGUGCUGGGGGAGGGAGGGGGAAUAUUGUUGUUAUCUAUUUUUCUAAUCCAUUGUAAGAUGAACACAGAAGAUGAAACAGAUUUGUCUUAGCAUGUCCAGUACUGCGUGAUGUUUUUUGUUUUUUUUCCCAGUCUGUAGAACCAGAGACUAAACCUUUAUGGAACUCAAAACAUAACGGAGCCCGAGGUUGUAAAAUUCCCCCUCAGGCGUGUACAGAUAAACUACACUUGCAUCGGUACAAACUGAUUUAGACACCGAUCCAUGUGAUGAAACCUGAACUCUAAUAGCUCAAAGAAAAACCUCAUUAGAGUUCAGAUGAAAAUGCAUCGUUGAGGUUUUUACAUUUUUCCCCGAUACGAGUCUCGGGACUGAUUUGAGCACACGGUGUAACAGAGCAAAUCUCUUGCACAGCUAAUAAACCGCAGAGCCAUGCAGACCUGUCACAAAUACUGGGCAGGGGACGAGGGGUAAGGUGUGCCUUUUACUGGUAAGGACAGAUGGAGGGGAUAGUUGGAGAAGCAUGCUUACUGGACUGACUUAAACGCGUCAUUACACUGCAUACGAGUGGCUUUCCUGUUAAAGCCUGUACUAUUUGGACUUUUGUAUGGCAUGUGUUCUGGGUUUCUGUUAUGAUGGCCAUACUUCAGAUCUUUUGAUUUGUUACAUAGGAUAGCUAGAAUGUAGAGAAGCACAGAGAUGCUUAGCAGUUAAGGCAUACAAACACAUAGAUUCUGCUGGAUUUAAAAAUGUUUUAUAUAUAUUACACACAGGCUAGAGGAAGCUUUGGUUUAGACAGCUUUAUAUGAAAAGAUCAUCUUUACGGUGUUUGCUUUUAUGUUGUUUCAAACGCUUGGUUUGUACCUGAUCUGCUCUACCUACUUAUAUCCGUCAGGGUUGAAAAAUCGAUUCUGAUCCCAGAUGUGCGUAUUAGCGAUAAAGUCGUGCAACUGUUUAUGCAGCUCUGGGAUCAGCUGAGCUCCUGUGUUAAUUUUCAGCAAUGAAUCUGAAUCAAAUAUCUGUUGAAAUUCCAUGUUAAGAAUUUUAAAGUGCCAUCCAUCUGUCCAAUAGAGCUUUUUUUUGUUCGUUUGUCUUUUUUUUUUUUCUUUCUUUUGUUUAUUUUUGCUCCCCUCAUUCCUUCUGAGUUGGGAUUCACUUUACGAGCUGGAAAGUCCUUCCGGCGUUAUUAAAGUGUGCAGUCUCAUGAGUGUGAUGACAUGCAAAUCAUUUUGAUGACCUCAGACACUGUAGCCACUCUCAACCAAUCACACACUGUCAUCACAGCUCUGAUAGUGUUUAAAGAUUAUGAUACAGAUGCAUUUUUUACAGUGUAUGUAUGAUUUGCUGAAAUAAAAAGCUAUAUUGACCAAUGUCUGUGUCAUCACAGGUGUUACUUGGAGGACAGACAUGAAUACAUGCAGUAAACUCUC